AGCAGCAGCAGCAGCAACCAACACACAACAACUGCAUCCUGAGCUUUUGGCGAGGAGGGAUGCUUUCGUUUGGCUGUGUGUAUGAGUGAGUGCGCGCCAGAAAGGGAGGGAGAAAGCUUUGCAUGGCUGGCGAUGUUGCUCUUGGCUUGCUUUGCUUUGCUGUUCAUCAAUCUUGGUGCAUUCGCCGAGAGAUGGGGUAAAAAAAGGCGUUCCCUUGUUGCAGCAAACGUUGAUGAUGCUGGUGUUUAGUGUGUACAUGGACAAGCUUUUUCUCCUUUUACGGUGGAGGAGAAUGCAAUAGUACACUCACUCUCGGUGGAGGCUGUGACCGUGUGUUGCGUCUCUUUCCGUCGCAGGUUGCGCCCGAGCGCAGGGCGAAUGUAUUUUGUUUUUCCUUUUGUUGAUUAUUAUUUACUGUAUUUAUUUUCAUUUUUUUAAUAGUUUCUGUUUAUCUUUUGCAAUUGCUGUAGCGAGCGAGCGAGUUUCUCGGGUUUCUCCAUCUUUGCACCAAUUAGAGAAUACGACAACGCCCGUGCACGAUGCGGCCAGGCCAAGCCCGGGAUUCGUCUCAAGCCUUGCACGACGAAUCCGGAGCGCUCGGGUCUUGCCACUCUCCGCCUUAAGGGGGGUGUUUUUGAAUGUACAAAUUGUCUUUCGUUGCUGCUGCAUCUUGCACAAGAAAAUAACAACAACAGCAUAUUCCGAGGAGGAGUAGCAGCACCAGCACGGUUAAUACACAACAAAUAACCUAAACAGCAGUUCUGAUCGAAGACUUGCAACGGAAAGAUCCCUCCAAGCCGAUGCACUUUAGAGUGGCUGCCACCAGCGUUCUGGCAAUGUUACAAUAAAUCCCCAAAAGUUGAACCCAUCGUGCGUAAAAAAAGAAAAAGGAACCAAGUAUACGACCCGCAAAAAAAGAGACUCAAACGUGCUUUCCCCGUAACAAAAAAAAAAUCACCAUGAAUCCAUCAAACGAUAAUGGUUUAAACUUUUUCGAACCCGGUCCCAUCGGCGACGGCCAGCAACACCAGUGCCGUGACGUCGAUAUGAAUAAUAAUUGUGCAUGUGUGACAAACCAUGUUGACGGCGACGACACCGCGGCCAAGGACAUCAACGACGGGGGCGACAAACUCGUCUAUCACCUUCAACAAGUGGAACCACCGGAGCCGAUCGAUCCAUCCCGGCAGCUGCCAGCGCUAUUGAUCCGGCUGACCACCACCACCACGACCCGCAUUAGAGCGAGGAGGAGGAAAAUGAGGCAGAGCCGCGUGGUCACCAUCGACAAGCUAAUCAGGCGAAUUAGUGCGCUUUCCAGGGUGGCAACGACGGGGACCGGAAACAGCGGCGCCGCGAUUGGACUGGCAAGCGAGGAAAUGUCCUCGCGGUUACGAUUAACAGGGGCUAGUAAAGCUGUGCAGGAUAGAAGGAUUUUAAGGAUUUAAGUUUAAUGUAAAUGACCAUUUGUAUAUAUUAUGCUAAAUUGUAUCACCAAGUUAAAUUUACUGAUUAGAAACAAUUAAAGAACAUUAAACUUUGUACUCCUUUA